AGGCAAAGGUAAAGGAGAAGGGGAAGGUAAAGGUAAAGGUGUUGAUGGAGGAGAUACAGGCAUAGAUGAGCGUGGAGACUCUGGAAAAACUGCAGAGGGGGGCUCGGGAAAAGGUGCCGAUGGAGACACUGGAAAAGGAGCGGGUGGAAGCUUGGGAAAGGGUGCUGGUGGAGGCUCGGGAAAAGGUGCGGGUGGCGGCACAGGAAAAGGUGCUGGUGGAGGCUCGGGAAAAGGUGCGGGUGGCGGCACAGGAAAAGGUGUGGGUGGAGGCUCGGGAAAGGGUGCCGGUGGAGACUCUGGAAAAGGUGCGGGUGGCGACACAGGAAAAGAUGUGGGUGGAGGCUCGGGAAAAGGUGCCGGUAGAGACUCUGGUAAAGGUGCGGGUAGAGGAUCCGGAAAAGAUGCGGGGGAAGGCUCGGGAAAGGGUGCUGAUGGAGGCUCGGGAAAAGGUGCUGAUGGGGGCUCGGGAAAGGGUGCUGAUGAAGGCUCGGGAAAAGAUGCGGGUAGAUGGUCGGAAAACGGUGCUGAUGGAGGCUCGGAAAAAGUGCGGGUCAAGAUUCAGGCAAAGGAAAAGGUGGCAAGUCUGGAGAGUCACAUAAAAAACAAGAUGGUCAUGAAGACUCUAACAUCCGGGACCCACAAGAAGGUUCAAAAACUGACCAA